CUAAGUGGAUGCAUGAAUCACCCUUUUCCCGCGUAAUUUCAUGUUAUCAGAUAUGAAUGAUAAGAUGAAAUAAAACGAAUGAAAUGAGAAGUUAAAAAUAAGUUCAGUUCGCGUUUUAGUAUCUGUUUUGCACCUUGUUUUUUGCUUCUGAAGCAAACAAUUACGUGAAGUCGACAUUCAACAUCUGCUUCUUGGGACACACCACUUAUCUGCCGUCAGUCAUGAGUACCUGUCAGUUAUCAUAUGCUGAUUCCAUCCUCUUAGAGCUUCUUGAAGUAGCAAUUCAUCAAGUUUUAUAUCAGAAGAGUAUCUAUCCAGAAACUAUAUUUGUCCUUAAAAAAAAGUACGGAGCGCCUGUCCAUGUAUCGCGAUACCCACCUCUGAAUUCAUAUAUUAAUGAUUCAUUGAUGGCCAUCAAAGACCUAUUACUGCGAAAGCAGCUGAAGAGCGUUCAUGUUUGCUUCUUUAACAACAAUUAUUCUAAACUAUUAGAAAGGCUAGUCUUCAACGUGCAGAACGUUUUUAGUGAACUGGAUCCAGAAAAAGCUGAUCAAAUGUCUGAUCCUUAUCUCACAAAACUGCAAGAAUCCAUACGUGCAGUUUGUUUGAGGCUGACAACCAUCAGUGCUCACACAAAACCUCUCGGUGAGGAAGCAGCUUUUCAAAUUCAAAUUGAAACAACAGAAUCUGCGGCAGCUUCCCUUGCAGAUGAUCCUGAUCAUGAUCAUUUCCCUUGGAUUGAAAUCGAGGAUUGUAAAUUGUCUCAAGAUCCCACCAGCGUAGAGUUAUUGCCAAUCAGGAACAUCAAAUCUGACUUGUUUGAGGUGGAAAUGUUUUACCAAAAAAUGGAAUGAUUCUCGCUAUCUGUCUUUGCGUAGACUGCUACAUCACCACCUCCAUGAUGUGCCUCGUCAUCAGGCACCGCUGCAAUGUGCGAGUAGUCCCAGGCGGUUGUAUCAACUGUCGUUGGAUCUUUCCUUGUAAAUCCAGAACCUUUCCGCUCAUAUUGGAAAUUAUUCAUUCCACCGGUCGCGUACAUUAGUGUUGUGUAUGGAAUUUUAUCCUCCCGAGAAGUCUGAGCAACACCUGCAAAGACACAUUCAAAAUCCACAACUUAAGGUAUGUUCCAAAAUUUUUUUGCAUGGAGUUUGAGGUUGAUCGGCUCAAGUUUUUUUUGAAGAGGGGACUCUCAACACAUGACAACAUGACAUCUUCAAGAGGAUCCCUUCUACUCUCAAAUGAAACUCAACAUGAUACUUCAACGGAUCAGAAAGCUUCAUUCACAAAUGUCCCAUCAGCUUCAAUCUCGAGGUCUCGCUUUGCUGCAUGAGCAUUUUGAGCAUGUAAUGAUUUUUUUAUCUAUUUUUUCAUUGAGGUAUUGAAAGUGAAAACUCCUUGUAAUAUUUGUCAGGUUUCGCCUUUCCUCAAUAAUUUUCACUCUUUUAUACCACAGUACUUUCUCCACAACGAAUUGGCAACAGACUGAACUAUGUUUUGCUUAUGAAAAACUUUAGUCAAAACAAGCGGCACUGGGAAUAAAAAGGGAAGUUCAAGGGGCCAGAUUAUUCCUCCACUAUGGCGAACUUUUCCUUAUAAUGCGUCAUAUUAUUGAAAGAGAUUAUUGUAUUACAUGUGCAAAUUUUUAAAAGAAUUUUAACAGCCAAUACGUGUCUGAUUACAUUUUUGGAAACUUUGUGUCCUUCACGGCAAGAGGAAAUUAAGUGAAGAUGUUUCCUAAUUCGUAUCCCUGUCGAA